ACAAAGCCAUUGACAUUUGCUGACUGUGUCGGUGAUGAGCUUCCUUUAGGAUGGGAAACUGUUUAUGAUCAACAGAUUGGAGUUUAUUACAUGGACCACAUAAAUAAGCUCACACAAAUCGAGGACCCAAGGGAGCAAUGGAGAAGGGAGCAGGAACGCAUGCUGAAGGAGUAUUUAAUAGUUGCCCAGGAGGCACUCAAUGCCAAGAAAGAGAUUUACCAAAUCAAGCAGCAGCGGUUUGAACUAGCUCAAGAGGAGUAUCAGCAACUGCACAAAAUGUGUGAGGAUGACAACCGCUCCUAUGCCAGCUCAUUCUCUGGAUUUUCAACUAAUACCAAGUAUGACCCAUAUCAGAUUAAAGCAGAAAUAGCCAGCCGUCGUGACAGACUUUCUAGGCUAAAACGAGAACUGGCACAGAUGAAACAAGAGCUCCAAUACAAGGAAAAAGGAGUGGAAACUCUGCAAGAGAUUGAUCGUAAAAUGUCAAGUGCUCAUACAAAUUACAGGCUAGAUGAAGCACAAGCUAUAAUGAGUGAGCUUCGAACAAUCAAGAAAGCUAUAUGCACAGGUGAAAAAGAAAGGCAGGACCUUAUGCAGAGCCUGGCCAAGCUAACAGAUGGCUUCAGGAAUAGCUGUUGUAUUACGGAUUCCCUGCAGGACCUGCAGCACAACUCCAGUUCGCUCAGCGACUCCUGUUUACCUCAACAACACUGCGAUGCUUGUUCUCAGACUGACAUCACUGGAGAGUUUGGCUUUGAUGAUAAAACAAGACUUGUAGACAAAGUAAGACUGAACUGGCAAUAUGAAGAGGCCAAGAAAAGAGUUUCCAAUAUACAGCAGCAGCUGGCCUUGCUAGACAGCGAGUCCUGGCCAGGGAUGGCUGAGGCGGACAGGGACCGGCUUCAGCUCAUCAAGGAGAAGGAGGCUCUUCUGCAGGAGCUGCAGCUCAUCAGUCAGCAGAGACGGUCCCCUGAAGACAUUGCGCGCCUGGAGGAAGAAAAAAGGCGCCUGGAGGAUGAAAUUCAACGGGCUAGAGCAACCUCCGCUCACGGGGCCACCGAAAGGAUACUGUUACAGGAAAAGAGAAAUUGUUUGCUUAUGCAACUAGAAGAAGCUACACGUUUGACCUCGUAUUUACACUCCCAGUUAAAAAGCUUGUCCGCGAGCACCCUCACAAUGUCCUCUGGCAGCAGCAGGGGCUCCCUGGCCUCCAGYMGAGGCUCCCUGGCCUCCAGCAGAGGCUCUCUCAGCUCAGUCAGCUUCACCGAUAUCUACGGCCUGCCGCAGUAYGACAAAUCAGACAGUGCCACGGACUACGGGCAGCACUUGCGCUUCGACAUCAUUCCGUUCGAGUCGCUCGCCAAGGACGUGCCCUACACCGACGCCCUCGGCCCUCCCAAUUUCCACAAGCAGCGGAGGUCCUUGGAUACACCACAGUCCCUGGCCUCCCUGUCGUCAAGGUCCUCCUUGUCGUCCUUGUCUCCUCCCAGCUCGCCCCUGGACACCCCGUUCCUCUCCGCCUCCCGGGAUUCCCCCCUGGCUCAGAUGUCGGAAGGUUUCGAGGAGAUGGCGAGCAUGGGAGCCCUGGAAAUGCUGCGGGCCCCGACGGCGGCGCUGGCUGAUGACGAUGCGCAGGGGACAAGUUCAGCUCAGCCCUCCACGUACCCCGGGGACAGCGAAGGGCUGCGAGAGGUGGGACCACAGCUGGCCAGUGUGCAGGCUGCCGGAGCUGUAACUCUGCGAGGAGACAGCGGCCGGAGAUCGGAGAGGAGAGCCAGGCGAGUUUCAGCAUGUCUCUCAGAUCAUUCACUGGCUAGUGACAGUGGCGUGUUUGAAGCUUUAAGCAAAAGGAAUGAAGACAUGGAAGAGCCUGUCUAUGGUGAUGUGGCCAGUAAUGAAGAACCGCAAAUCCAUGUUGGAUUUCUGCAUGACAGUGGAAGCGAAUGUCUCCUAGUCCAUGUCUUACAGCUGAAGAACUUUACGAGCCUUGUCGUGAAAGAAAACUGCAAAAUCCACGUGCGGGUGUAUUUGCCGCCGCUGGAGGCGGGCACGCCGACCACCUACUGCUCCCGGGCUCUGGAAUUCCAGUCGCCGCUGCUAUUCAAUGAAGUCUUCCGAAUCCCGGCGCAUUCAAGUGCUCUCAAGUUAAAAUCGCUGCAGCUGUAUAUCUGCUCAGUUGACCCUCAGCAGCAAGAGGAGCUAUUGGGCAUUGCUCAGAUCAGUCUGACUGAUUCRGAGAGUUCUGGCGAGAUGCAGCUUCACUGGUAUUCUGUUCAGAUCUUCACUGGCUCCGACCCGCAGAGAGCCAAGAACAAAAAUCAGACUGAAGAAAAUACUCCUCGCUCUUCUGGAAAUUUUACGUUCCAGGAUGCAGUGACAGCCCUGUUAGCUAGAACCACUGCCCAGCUGGAAGCAGUAGAGAGGGAGCUGGCAGAAGAGAGAGUGAAACUGGAGUACACAGAGGAGGAAAUCCUGGAGAUGGAAAGAAAGGAAGAUCAAGCAGAAGCCAUCUCAGAAAGGAGCUGGCAAGCGGAGUCUGUUGACAGCGGGUGCAGUAACUGCACCCAGACUAGUCCUCCCUACGCCGAGCCGUUCUGCGGGGAUCCCUUACCUGCACCUACGUUUGCAACCCAAGCGGGCCAGUACAGUGCUGGAAAAAUGCAGCCCCCACCACUGAAGGUGGAUAAGGAAACCAACACUGAGGAUCUGUUUCCUGAAGAAGUUGCUCUCCUUCCAAAGGAGAGAGGAAGCCGCAGGCCGCGAGGCUCUGCCUUUGUCCGCAGCAGCACCAUUGUUCGGUCCCAGACCUUCUCGCCCGGAGCACGAAGUCAAUACGUUUGCAGACUGUAUCGCAGUGACAGUGACAGCUCAACCCUGCCAAGGAAGUCACCUUUUGUCCGGAAUACGCUGGAAAGGCGAACCUUACGGUAUAAGCAGCAGUCCUGCAGAUCAUCUUUGGCCGAGCUGAUGGCAAGGACGUCCUUAGACCUGGAGCUGGAUCUCCAGGCGUCCCGAACGAGGCAGCGACAGCUGAACGAGGAGAUCUGCACCUUGAGGGAGCUGCGGCAGCGGCUYGAGGAUGCCCAGCUCCGAGGGCAGACCGACCUUCCCCACUGGGUCCUUCGGGAUGAGCGCUUCCGCAGCUUGUUGAAGGAAGCGGAGAGGCAGACACGACAAACCAAGUUUGAACAUCACCAAGAGCAAGCAGCUGAAAAGAUGCUCAAGAAAGCAUCAAAAGAAAUAUAUCAGCUGCGUGGGCAAAACCAGAAGGAGCCUAUUCAGGUGCAGACUUUCAGAGAGAAGAUAGCUUUUUUCACAAGACCAAGGAUUAACAUACCUCCUCUGCCAGCUGAUGAUGUAUGAUGUGUUGCAUUGUAAACAUGAAGUAUUUAUCGCUUUUAUUUUAAUGAAGUUAUUAGAUUAGCCAAGUUUCUUUAAAAAAAAUGUGCAAAAGCUAAUAUACACGUUUUGUAAAAAAUAAAAAAGUAAAAAAAGUAAAAGUAAACAAAAACAUAUAUAUAAAUAUAUAUAUACAUAUAUAUAUUUUAUAAUAGUGACUGCAACAAGGCUUGGUUUUUCCUUGUUGUGAAAUUGACAUCUCUGAAGACAACUUAUUUUAUAAAAGAUCGACUAUCCUGUUAAGAGCGUGUACAGUUUUUAUGCUGUUUUAUUUGACUUAAAGGCUGGAAGACAGAAACAAAGUGAGUUCAGGCAAAUUCACUGUAGUGUAAUUUAUUUAUAGUGCCUUUUUUCCUUGAAGGAAAAUACCUACUUUAAGAUGUAUUUUAAGACUGAAAUUUUGUUCUUCAGUAUUUGUCAUGCAGUAGAAUGGAACCAUUGAGCUGGUUUUGUUUCUGAUACCUGAAAUGAAAAUACUAUGUUCUAAAAUUGUCACUUUUUUCAGCUUUAUUAUCUGUAGCUUAUUAUGUACRUUGUAUCCUUUAGCACUGUCUGUGUUAUAGCAAAAUAUUAUCACCUGCAAUGUGCUUAACACUGAUUAGAAGUGAUGUUUAACAUUGCAGAACUCAUUUGCAUGUUCUUACUGUGCACUAAUAGAUUGUUUUCAUUUCAGUUGUGUCUAAAAUAUCUUUAUAUCCUUAACUAGAGUCUCGAUUUAAACGGAGGAAGGAAAAGGGUGGCAGGUCUUUGUUUUGUUGUUUAAUGAAGGGGGAUCUAAAAGAACAUUUUUGGGCUGGCUGUGUGGAAGAACUGCUGAUGGAAUGCAGCAUUUCUGCGGUUUCUAAAACUCUGGCCUAAUUCCAGAAAAGGCAUACGUGCUAAUUUCAGAAAGCAGCUGCUGUAAGUGAGGGUGCUUAAACACAUGCUCAUCUUAAGGCAAAUGCUUUGAGGUUGCCACAUGUGAGCUUUGUUGAGCAGUGGCACUUUCCAGAAACGAGGUGUAUAGUUCAGGAAGACUCCCGUGAUCUGUAGUUGGACCAGCUAAAAUCCAGUAAGAAAUAAUUCUGCGUGGGACCUUUCAUUGUAGUGAAGGGCUGUCACCCUGAAUUCCCGAGAAUGCCAGUUUUGUGUCCUUGCAUCCUGCAGAUAUGUAAAAAUACUUCUUACUAAGCUACUAUAAUAGAGUUUCUCAUAUUUUCUAAUUAUACAUUACCUACAAAGAGAGGUGCCCAACACAACAAGACCUAUUUUGAAAAUUUCUGGAAACACCCAGAAAGGAACAUCAUGCCGUCUCUUGAUUAAAGGGAUGUUACAAAGUCAAAUUGGCUCCAGAUUUUUGUAUCAGGAAAUCCAAACAGUAAUAAGAACAAAACCCUAAGCAGACUUAGCAAAACCUCUGACCAAUAGAAUAUGUUCAAAUAUUUGUAAAUGAGUAAGUGUUGCUUGUGAGUUUCAGGAGCUUGUACUGUGUUCUGAGGUUGAAGAUCAUGAAAACCCAAAGGUGAAACUGAAUUACUUAAAAGUGAUAAAUCACUUUAUCAAAGCUGAGGCAAUAAACAGAAAAAAAAUCUAAAUCAUUAAUCAGCCAGUAUGAUUAACAACAUUUAUUUUUAAAGUAGUACUCUCUGUUUAAUGGUUGGCCUCUGGUCAUUAUAAGCAUUGAGUAAUUUGGUGGCAUAGUAAUGUAUGUGAAGUUAAAGCCUAUUUAAUGUUUCAUCAUGCUAACCAGCCUGACAUCUCUGGGCUUACAAGUGAGUGUUGGUAGGUAUAUAUUGGGUUCCUCUGGCUGARGUAAAGAUGCUCAGAAACUAUGCAGAUCAACCCAAAUAAAUUAUGGAAUCAAUUGUUAGUGUUUGGGUAAAAGUCUAGGGACAGAAGCUUUUUGGCUCUCAUUACUUGAACAGAGCAGCUAGUCAGAAUUCCCCAUGCCUCGUUUUAAGGACGGACAGCAAUGUUUUUACCCUGAACAUGGUGAAACGCUGGCAGAGGUUCCCCAGAGAGGUUGUGGCAUCUCCAUCCUCAGAGGUUUUAGAGAGGUUAUUGGAGACAGCCUUGAACAGCCUGGUCUCCU